AAUUUUUAAAAUUUUUUUCCUCUUUAUUUUCAAAACAAUAAUAAUAAAUAAUAAUAGCUAUAUAUAAAUUCAAUUUUAAAGUUCAGUUGUUUUAGUUUCAGUUUUUAUAAAAAAUCAUAAAAUGAAUUUAGCAAAUUGUAAAGAAAAACAUCCAAAUUUAUUGUUUGCAAAUUUUAACCAAGAUUAUAGUUGCUUUGCAUGUGGUACAGAAAAAGGGUUUCUUAUAUUCUCAUGUGAUCCAUUCAAGGAAAGAUUUGGAAGAGUUUUUGAUGGCGGUGUAGGAAUUGUCGAAAUGUUAUUUAGAUGUAACAUACUUGCUAUUGUAGGUGGUGGUAAAAAACCAAGAUAUACACCAAACCAAGUUAUGAUUUGGGAUGAUUAUCAAAAUAAAUGUAUCGCAAAAUUAGAAUUUAAAUCAGAGGUUAAAGCAGUCAAAUUAAGAAGAGAUAGAAUUGUUGUUGUACUCGAAAAUAAAGUUUAUCUUUAUAAUUUUUCAGAUUUACAAUUAGUUCACCAAUUAGAAACUACACUUAAUCCUAAAGGUAUUUGUGCAAUUUGCCCAGGUAGUGUCAAUGUAUUAGCAUGUCCAGGUUUAAAACCAGGAUAUGUACACGUCGAACUUUACGAUCUUAAACAAACUCAAAUUAUUCCAGCUCAUGAAAGUGCACUCUCUCAAAUUGCUCUCAAUAAAGAUGGUACACUUUUAGCUACCGCUUCAGAAAAGGGUACACUUAUUCGUAUUUUUGAUACAGCUACAGGUGAAAAAGUUAAAGAAUUAAGAAGAGGAACAAAUAGAGCAGAGAUUUAUAGUAUAGCAUUCAAUAAUGAUUCAUCAGCUUUAUGCGUUUCUUCAGAUAAAAAUACUGGCCACAUUUUCGAUUUAUCAAUGGCAAAACAAGCAAAUCCAAAUGUAACCAAAGAGUCAUCAGAAGAAGGUCAACAAAAAAAUAGACAAUCAACUUUUUCAUUUAUGGGUGAUAUUUUACCAACAAAUUACUUCAAGUCAGAAUGGAGUGCUGUACAGUUUCAAAUUCCAGAAUCAAGAUCAAUUUGUGCCUUUGGUUCUACUCCAAAUUCAAUUAAUGUAAUUUGUGCUUCUGGUAUUUGCUAUAAAUAUACCUACGAUUUUUCUAAAGGUGAAUGUAAAAGAGAAGAAAAUCCCCAUCAAUUCAUUGACAAUGAAGAGUCUUAAUUAUAUCAUUAUUUAAAUUUAUAUACAAAUACAUACCUUACAUAUCAUACUUUUAAUAAAAUAAAAUAAAACAACAAAACAAAUCACGCCAAAAAAAAACAAAAAAAAACAAAAGAAAACCAAUCCCACCCCCCAUUCAUAUCCUAAUUACCAUUUCUAAUCGCC